UUCCCAGGAACAGAUUUCGCGGCUGCACCCGAUGAGGAUGGCUGAUAGUACUUCUCAGUCUGAUCCUCUGGUUUCCCAAGAACUCAAUGGCGACUUCAAGAAGCCAGCCCUGCCAGUGGCCCCAUCGGAACGGAGCAAGGUCACGGCUACCAGUACUUCAAACCCCGAAGAGGUGAAGAAGGAAAGGCCCACGGCGCUGCCGGACUCCGAUUCCGCGGAGCCUGAUGCCCCGCCGGCCCAGCCGGACAGCGGGGGGACUAGGGGUCCAGCGAAGGAGCAGCCGCGGCCCCCCACAGCGGCUCCUUCCCCCGGCUGCCCGGCCCGGGCUCCCCCCUACCGAGAGCCGCCAUGGGGCGGCCCCGCUACUGCCCCGUACGGCCUAGAGGCUCUGAAAGGAGGCACCAUCCUUGGCAGCCGGAGCUUGAAAGGCAUGAGUUGCUGCCUUUUCGGGAGGCUCCCUAGCUGCGACGUGUGCCUGGAGCACCCUUCGGUGUCUCGCUACCACGCCGUGUUGCAGCACAGGGUGUCCAGCCCCGAUGCAGAAUCCGACGGCCACGGGCCCGGCUUCUAUCUCUACGAUUUGGGAAGCACCCACGGCACUUUCCUUAACAAAACGCGCAUUCCACCCCGCACCUAUUGUCGGGUCCACGUCGGGCAUGUUCUUCGCUUUGGAGGCAGCACCCGGCUCUUUCUUCUUCAGGGACCAGAAGAAGACCGAGAGGCAGAAUCCGAGUUGACAGUAACGCAGCUGAAGGAAUUGCGUAAGCAGCAGCAAAUGAUGUUGGAGAAGAAGAUGCUGGGAGAAGACUCAGACGAAGAAGAGGAAAUGGAUACCGCUGAAAGAAAGAGAAAUACUAGUAGUCAAGAUGAUGAAAUGGGCUGCACCUGGGGAAUGGGAGAAGAUGCUGUAGAGGAUGAGGCUGAAGAGAACCCCAUUGUUUUAGAGUUUCAGCAGGAAAGGGAGGCCUUUUAUAUAAAGGAUCCAAAAAAGGCCCUCCAAGGUUUUUUUGACCGAGAAGGAGAAGAAUUAGAAUAUGAAUUUGAUGAACAAGGUCAUAGUACCUGGCUCUGCAGGGUGAGAUUACCCGUGGAUGAUUCAACUGGAAAACAGCUGGUGGCUGAGGCCAUUCAUUCAGGGAAGAAAAAAGAAGCAAUGAUCCAGUGCUCACUGGAAGCUUGUCGAAUCCUCGACACUUUGGGAUUGCUGCGGCAGGAGGCAGUAUCUCGGAAAAGGAGAGCCAAGAAUUGGGAAGAUGAAGACUUUUACGACAGUGAUGAUGACACGUUUCUUGAUAGGACUGGCCUGGUUGAAAAGAAGCGUCUGAACCGAAUGAAGAAGGCUGGGAAGAUUGAUGAGAAGCCAGAGACCUUCGAAUCAUUGGUUGCAAAAUUAAAUGAUGCUGAAAAGGAACUCUCUGAAAUUUCUGAGAGACUGAAAGCCUCUAGCAAAGCUCUAUCAGAGUCACCAUCUCAGGACUCUUUAGACGCGUUCAUGUCAGAAAUGAAAUCAGGCAGUGCAUUAGAUGGUGUAUCCCGGAAGAAACUUCACCUGAGAACUUUUGAGCUGAGAAAAGAACAGCAGAGACUUAAAGGAUUGAUAAAAAUUGUAAAGCCAGCAGAGAUUCCAGAGCUAAAAAAAACUAAAAGUCAGGUUACAGAUGGAGAAAACAAAGCUAAAAAGCUUACACUGCCGCUCUUUGGUGCCAUGAAAGGAGGAAGCAAAUUCAAAUUAAAAACUGGAACAGUGGGGAAGUUACCCCCCAAGCGCCCAGAACUCCCCCCAACUCUAAUGAGAAUGAAGGAUGAGCCUGAAGUAGAAGAGGAGGAGGAGGAGGAGGAGGAGGAAGAAAAGGAGGAAGAAAAGGAGGAAGAAAAGGAGGAGCAGGAAGGGAAGAAAGUGGAGGCUGGGAGGCUGCAGCCGGAACUGGUGCCAGAAGGAGCUGGGCAGGGAACGAGUCCUCCUGCAGAUUUCACGUGUUCUCAAGAAGCCAAAAACCGUGAAAACAUGUGUCAACUCAGCCAAGUGGAACAGAAUAAAGAUUACCAAGAGAUUGGUGGAACAGCUACAUCGUGUGAGGAACCCUCAGCAUCAAAGAAUGAAUAUGAGAAAAGCAGAGAUGAAUUGAAGAAAAAGAAAGCUCCUGGUCCAGGCAAACUUCUACCGACACUUUCCUCCAAAUAUCCAGAAGAUGACCCAGAUUACUGUGUGUGGGUCCCACCUGAAGGCCAAAGUGGAGAUGGCAGGACCCAUCUUAAUGACAAGUAUGGCUAUUGAUUGGUUCCGAAUUCUAAAGGAAGACCUUGUGGACCAUGUGACAUGGGGUAUUUAGGAUAAUAUAUCAAGUUCAGUGUCCAGAGAAGGAGUUCAGAUGAUCAUUUGUAAAAUCUGGUGAUUGGCCUUUUCUUCUUGAUCUUGACUUCCUACAUUUCUCUACCCAUCUGAUUCUCUUGACUUUGGUAUUUAUAUUUAAAAGUGUUUGUGUAUGUAUGUAAAAAGGAACCAUGUAUUUUGAGAAUUGGUAAGAUGAGAGACCUGACUCUGUUAAAAUGAGAAGGUGAAGAUAUCUCAUGUUUAUUUAAGGCCACAGAGUCUUUCUUAAGCUUUAGGAACUGUGCUUUUCCUGAGCACUAGCAUGCUUCUGGCAGUUAGGCGUAGAAGUCACUGAUGAUUUUGCCUCCUCAGAUAAGUGUUAAAAUGUGAGAUCAUGCAGGGAGUUCCAUCAUGGCUCAGCAGUAACAAGGCUGACUAGGAUCCAUGAGGAUGCAGGUUCGGUCCCUGGCCUCAUUCAGUGGGUUAAGGAUCUGGCAUUGCCGUGAGCUGCGGUGUAGGUCUCAGACACAGCUUGGAUCCCACAUUGCUGUGGCUGUGGCGUAGGCCAUACAGCUCCAGCUUGACCCCUAGCCUGGAAACCUCCAUAUGCCGCGGGUGCAGCCCUGAAAGACAAAAAGACGGGAAAAAAAAAAGAGAUCAUGCGAGGGUGUGACUUGGAGUGUCCCUGUCAUUCUUGGAAUUAAAAAUAGAUACACAAUAAGGACUCCUACUCCCUCCCACUAUAAUCGUCCUGCCAACUUUGAGAACAGCCUCUGACUUUUCAGGAUACAGUUCAGGACCAUAGAACACCUCGUGUACUCAGGCACCAAUGCUGAUAAAACAGCCAUUCGAAUAUCCUGGACUCUGAACAGUCAGGUUAAUCACUCUCCUGUGGAAAGGUGCAAGUAAGGUCACAGAACGAAAAGCUGCAUGUGUUCUGGCCACUGUGGGGCUUCUUACCUCUGCAGAGAGGGGAAUAAAAGUCCCUUUCUGGAAACACA